AAACUCUCAACAAAAAUAAAUAAUUUUUAUUUUUGCCAGCUAUAUACCCUCAAUGCCGAUCUCUUGAAUAAUACGAAAAAAGCCGAAGUCGAUAUAUUAUUCUAUAAUCGUGUACCCAAAACGGGCAGUAUGCAAUUGAUUACGUUAAUGAAAAAUUUGGGAAAAAUGCACGAUUAUGAGGUGGAAGUUGAUCCCAAUAAUGGUGGCAUAAGACCCUCACUCGAUGAACAGGAAGAAGAGCAUACCAUAGAGAAUAUAAGUAAUUUCGAAGAUGGCAUGGCAUUUGUUUCGCACAUGAAUUAUCUUAAUUUUACCGAUUACGGUCAACCACGUCCCAUUUAUAUUAAUAUGGUUAGAGAUCCGGUGGAAAGAGUUAUUAGCUGGUAUUAUUAUAUACGUUCACCCUGGAUUUUUAUACCCGGUCGUAGGAAAAAUAAGAGAAAAAUGCCCAAUCCCCAAUGGGUUAAUACGGAAUUCGAUCAGUGUGUUAUGAACAAGGAUAAAGUGUGUACCUUUAUCGAGGGAUCCGGUUUGGAAAAAGUGGGUGAUCAUAGAAGACAAACCCUAUUCUUUUGUGGCAAUAAUGCUAAGAAAUGCAUGCCCUUUAAUACGAAAAUUCCCCUAGAAAUGGCCAAGCGUACGGUGGAAAAAGAAUAUGCUGUAGUGGGCACUUGGGAGGAUACCAAUAUUACCUUAAGUGUUUUGGAAAACUAUGUUCCACGUUAUUUCAAGGGAGCCACUAAGAUGUAUUACAAUGGUCUUAAUUCAGAUAUCCAAAAUAGCAAUCCCUUUAAGCCUCACAUUAGCGAAGACAUCAAACAGAUGGUGCGUCAGAAUUUCACCCGCGAAUAUGAGUUCUAUCAAUUUUGUCGUCAGCGUUUGCACAAGCAAUAUUUGGCUAUCAAAAAGAAUGACUUACAACAAUUGGUCCUUAAGGAAGAGCAGGAGAAAAUGUCAUUUAUAAAGAAAGCUUUAAUGAAAUUGCAUUAA